AUGCUUGCUCUGAGGAAGUACCAGAACUCUAAGGUAUGGGAGGCCCGGCUGAAAGUUUGCAUUUUGCGAUACUUGUGGUUGGGAGGAUUCAGCGUUGCCUUUGAUCCAAUUGAUGGCUCCAGUAUCGUUGAUACAAAUUUUACAGUGGGCACCAUCUUUGGGGUGUGGCUGGGAGAAAAGCUAACUGGAGUAACAAGAAGAGACCAAGUCGCGCCAGCAAUGGUGAUUUAUGGACUGCGAGCAACAUAUGUUCUUGCUCUCAAAGAUAUCCCUGGCACCCAUGAGUUUCUCCUUCUAGAUGAAGGUACUCACACAACAUUGCUAGAUUUAACAGCCACAAAAUGGGCUACUCUAUUUUCAGUCUCUAUGCAGGGAAGGACACUGUCAUAUUCAGGGAAGGAUUCUAUCAUGUUCAGAAGUGAAUAUUGA